AUGACAUCAAUCCGCACGCCGCCGGCUCCGCGUAGCAUUCUGCGCAACAGUCCACUACAGAUCUCUCAUACUUCGUCACCGAGGAAGAAGGUUAGCUUUGUCGACCUCACCGAGGAAGACCAAGAUUCAUUACCUAUCACCAUGGGAAAGUCUUUGGCCUCCAAAAGUCUCACCGCAGGCCGAGGUCUACAGCUGGCUGCUAUGAGAGGAGGUCACGCAGCACAAAUCAAUGGCAGCCUGUCAAGUCCAAUAUCUUCUCCAUCUGCAAGGGCAGCAGCAACUCUAUCUGCGAACAAGAACCGGAGAUCUUCCGGUGCGGCGGGUGAUACCAACCCAACUUUACCUCAUGGACUGACUGCUCAGAUUCGACAGCCCAAGUGUCCUCGUACUUUAGACGGCUACAACACACGUGAUACGCAGACCCAGCCUUUCCCAUCCCGCAGAGCAGCUUCGACAGCUCCUCAUACAGUCCCAGCUGCCUCGAGCCUCAAACCAGCAAACAUGAAUCUUACGAAGGACAAGUCGAUAGAGACUGUCAUCGAUCUAACUAUGGAUAACGAGGUAGCCUCGACAAAGCCUUUGGACAAGGAGAAGCUGCCAAGUCUCGACGAUGCCAGGGCACAUGUCUCAAAAGCGAUUCGGAAAGUGGAUUGGAGCAUGAAGAACGAAGACCGCAUCAAAGACCAGCUUCUUUUUACCGAGGAGCUGCUUGACUGGGACUCCUCCGCGUCAGACAGUGACUCGGAGCGGUCCAUCAGGAGGAAAAGAAUCCGCGGCACGAGAUAUGUCGCCAACAUGAAUCUUUUGCCCCAAGCUCUCGAACGAUCAUCCAAGACUGGAGUGCCACCCAUCGUGCCGACGACCAGACAGGAUCCAAAGCCAGCCAAGACCCCCGUGGACCGACUGAUGAACGAUGGCAUCGAGAGAGGGUUCAACAAGGAUUGGUUGCGCUCAACCAUUGGCAGGAAGACCAGACGGAUCAGGUUCCACGAGACAGGCAUUGACUUUCUGAUCGCCACAAGGAAAGAAAAGCGGCGACAGGAGAGAGAGGGUGAUGAGCGCGUCCGGAGGAGAGUAGAAGAGUGCGACAAGCUGCAUCUUUCUCUUACUGUUCUCGCCCGCAACUACCAGGCAAGCCAUCCAGGUACACGGGACAAGAACGCACGAGGCCUCAGAAAAGCUGGCAAGUCGACUGAGCUCGCCUACAAACGCAAGCCUAUCAAGAUGCAAAGCUCUACGGUCGGCUCUUCACCACGCUCCACCGUCAACGACGGCUCUCUCAAAGAUUGGGCGGAUGCUUUCAGUAUUCUCGACUUUGAUGAGGCUGGCAGGCUCAGAAACUCUUCUUCUGGCCCUGAAGACAAAUUUACCCAGUCAUCAGUCUCACCGAAAAAACAAAGGACAGAACAAGAUUCCAGCCCUGCUCCCCUGGAUGGUAAGACAACCAAUCGUUCGAAAGAUCAUCCCAAGGAGCUUAUCGAGCAAAAAGAGAACCAGGACUCUUCAGAUGAGAUGCUGAGUCCAAUCGAGGGUGUUUGCAAUCCUGAAACCGCUGCACCUGCCAGCUCAACCCCCAAGAACGAGCCCGAGCUGUCAUCUGCAAGGGACAAGGCUGCAGUCUCUCCCAGUACAGUUAAGAUCAAGUCAGAGCCAGUUCAUGAGUCGUAUACUGGCAUUACUGAUGAUGAACUUGUGGCUAUGAAGCGGGAGUAUUUCGAUAGUGACGAAGAAGACAAUGUCCUCGGCUAUCCUCCUUUACAGACGACAUUUCACAUUGAAGCACCACGUCACGAAGUAACCUCCAGGUCGUCCGAGGUCCACAUCAAGCGCGAAGUAACGUCUGACGAAGAAGCUGACAGCAAUACCGCGGACAACACUCCUGCCACUAUGUUCACUGGUCACAAGCAAGUUGCCCCUGCACUCAGUGACAUCGGAACACUAGCGUCUUCCAAGAAAGCCAGCAAAAAGAGGUUACUCAAGCUACCCUCAGCUCCACAGCUUGAUUAUAAUCCAUCACCGUCAACCUUGCGCCGUUUCGAUCUAGGCGAUGAUGAUCAAGAUUUUCCUCGCCAGUCCUCACAGCAGAGCGGUGUUCAAAUCGACCGGCGACAAUCUUCAGCUUCCAAGAAGAGAAAAGCGGUCGAAGACGGGGAGGACUGCCCUCCGCCGAGCAAGCAGCCUCGUACUCUGCCUACAGCCAACGCCGACAAUACGAAGUCGAACAAGAACCACCAGGGCGGCAUGGCUCCCAUCGCGACCAGCGCCGAUCUCCGAGAAAAGAAAGCCCUCAGGAACAGGAGGGCAAGACUCAAAAAGAAAGCAAGAAAGGAGCGACAAAGGGAGGAGGACGCAAGAGCCGCAGCGAUCAUGGCCAAGAAGAAGCACGUCAAGGAUGAGCAGAAGAAACCAGACAGCAAGGCACCGGCCACAACUCCGCCCAAGACCAAGAAGAAGAAGAAGAACAAGAAGAACGCACCUGUCGCCAAGUCGCCGGCAAGGGGUACUUUCGUGCAGGGUUGA